UCCUGCGUUGAUUCGGUAAGGAUUAAAUCCGUGUUAAACCUUGAAAUGGACGAAGAGGAUGGAAUCGCGGAGUACUGCUUUCUGUGCACGGAAUGCAAGGAAGAUACGGUUCUCACCUGUAUCGAUGCGGAGAUGGUGUUUAUCCUGUGCCAGCAUUUUUGGUUCAAGCAAAACCACCUUUCCAGCCAGUGCAUUUGUAGUAAUUGCUGUAAGCGAGUAUUCGAAUUUCACACGUUUUACAACGAAGUGGAACGGCUUCAUCGACAAGAGAUUUGUGCUCCCGGGAAAUAUACGACUGAUAGAAGCGAAGACGAAUCCGAAAAGAUAGUCGAAACAGCAUCAAACCUGAUCAUUGAUUUGGAAAUUGUGCUUCCCUCGUCUGGGACCACUAUCGAGGCUACACAGGGCCAAGAAACAGCCGUAACAGAAGGUAGAACGGAUCACAGCCAUGACCAGACUCCGAAUCCGAUGGAGCAAGCCACGCUGCACACACCAAUAAAAGCACCCCGUAGGAGUGAUUGCGAGGACACGAGUUACUGGUGUUCCGAAUGUUGCAAAAGUUUUCCCAGCGAAAAAGCCGCCUCACAGCACUUGGAAAGGAUACACGGACCGGAUAAAUUUGUUUGCAACGUUUGCCCGAAUACUUUCAAAUCGCGAGCACAACUCCGAAACCAUCAAAAGUUACAACAUACCACGGGCACGGAACCGAACAAUCGAGUGCAGUGCGUCAUUUGUGAAAAAUGGCUAAAGAAUGCGGACAGUCUGCGAAAGCACGUUUACCGACACCAGACCAGCGGCGAGCCGCAAAUUUGCGAUGUAUGUGGUAAAAGCGCACCUAACUCCGUGGCGCUGCAGAGUCACAAAAUGUUUGCCCAUCGGAAGACAAGAACGUUCGAGUGCACCAUUUGCAAUAAGGCGUUCAAGAGAGCCUUCACGCUGCAGGAACAUAUGACCAUCCACACAGGAAAUGUGCUUUACAAUUGCCCGCAUUGUUCAAAAACAUUCAACUCUUCCGCCAACAUGCACGCGCAUAAAAAGAAGGUGCAUCCGGCAGAGUGGGAAAGAAGUCGCAAAGAGUACGAGAGUAAGUUCCUUCAUAAACGACCAAAAUCAGACACACCUAUUGUUUCGGUGUGCGAUAACGCGAUGCGACCACGAAAACCCUUCUUGCUUUUCGGCCUGCUGGUCGUCUGGGUGCUGAUGACCUAUCUGGCGUUUUUGCGCACUGCACGGCCAUCGGAACCUUGGCGCGAUAAUCGUCUGAUGGAGAAGGUGGAGAAUUUCGAGGAAAACGUUAAAACGUUUACAAACAACCGACAAACCCUGUACCGGGACAUUAUAAGCAUCCUGCGGAAACAGCCACGGCCCAGCGAAGGAAAGCCCUUGGUCGCAGAAACAACCGCACGCCCAACUGUCGGGCGGCAAGAUGCCGUGCAGCCGAUCGGUGGUGCGAAAGACGGCCAAACGAUCGAUGCAGCGGCUCCAGCUCAACCACCCGACACCGACGGACAACCGGAGGCGGAUAGGGUGCUGAGUAAAUUCCAGCAGCGCUACAUCAACAAUGAUCCCGCCUUUCCGGUGAUUCCAGUCAUCGUUUUCGCUUGCAAUCGCAUUUCGGUUAAUAAAUGUUUGGAUGAUCUAAUCCGUUACCGGCCCAGCCCGGAGCAGUUCCCGAUCAUUGUCUCGCAGGAUUGCGAUGACGAGCCAACGCGGAACACCAUUCUCUCGUACAAAGACGAAGUGACGCUCAUCCAGCAACCGGACCAAUCCGACAUUCCCGUACCACUGAAGGAGAAAAAGUACAAAGGCUACUACAAGAUCUCACGUCACUACGGUUGGGCGUUGCGGACCGUGUUCCGGCAGGGUUUCGAUUCGGUCAUCAUCGUCGAGGACGAUUUGAGUGUUGCUCCCGAUUUCUAUGAGUACUUCCUCGGUACGUACCCGGUGCUGAAGCGUGACCGGUCGUUGUGGUGUGUUUCAGCGUGGAACGAUAACGGCAAAGAGGGCCUCAUCGAUACUGCAGCCCACGAUCUGCUAUACCGUUCCGAUUUCUUCCCCGGGCUCGGUUGGAUGCUGACGAAGGAUCUGUGGGACGAACUGGAACCAAAGUGGCCCAAAGCUUUUUGGGAUGAUUGGAUCAGGCAACCGGAGCAGAGAAAAGAACGUGCCUGUAUCCGCCCGGAGUUGCCACGGACGCGUACGUUUGGUAAAGUGGGUGUGUCCAACGGACUGUUCUUCGAUAAGCACUUAAAGUACAUUAAACUAAGCGAAGAGUUUGUUAGUUUCACCAAAUCAAAUUUGACCUAUCUGGUCAAGUCCGUCUAUGAUGAGGCAUUCCUUAAAACCAUUUACCAAAGCCCGGUGGUGACGCUGGACGAACUGAAGCGGGGCAUAGUGAUGACACGGGAACCGGUCCGCAUUGCCUACCACACCAAAGAACAGUAUAAGCGCGCGACCAAGAGUCUCGGACUGAUGGAUGACUUUAAGAGUGGCGUACCACGCACCGCCUACAGGGGCGUCGUGUCCUUCUUCUACAACGGCCAGCGCGUCUACCUUGCACCAAACGCUAACUGGAAGGGCUACGAUCUUACCUGGAGUUAACAGAGCGCACUGCAGCCAGCACUAGCCUAGCGGCGGAGCAUAUUCGCUGUUCUCUGGAGCAAUGUUUUCCAGCGGUACAGUGGCGGUUGGUGGUAAAGUUGCGCGACACCAGGAAACGCAUUUCAAGCAACAAAUAGGCAGCAAGCAUAGCUGGCUGGCUGGCUAGCUGGUUGGCUGGCUCAUACUUUGAUGAAAUGAGCAUCGCAACUUUUGCGGUUCAUUACGAUCUGUUCCUUAUAUCUUUUCUAUUUCCCUUUUUUUCUCCUCUAAGCUUAUCUAAGAUAUAUGGUUCCUUUAUAAACACUCGCACGUACAUUCUCCUCGCUCACAUAUAUACAGAAACAGAAAUAUCAUUCCCUCCUAACCGAAUGAACAGAAACACACAAGACACUAUAAACCCCUCUGCAAUGUGGCAAUUGAAUUAGUUUUCCGCGUGAAAGCCAUCUCGUUACAAUACAGUAUGCGGACCGAUGCCGCGACGGGUUAUUCAUUCCUGAUUCCUGUUGUUUUCCGUUUAGUUUACUUCUUCCAAGCAGUUGCAGCUGGUUUUUUUUCACCCAGAGAGUAUUCAUUAGUAAUUUUAACUUUACAAUUCAUAUUAACUCUCUUCACUUAAAGUAGUAGAAACAGGUUUUAUUGGCAUGCCCGACAUGCUUCAUUCUUUACAAUGAAACGAGGAACGAGGACGAGUCGUGAUUUAGUUAGAAUGCAAUUUGUAAACUAAGUUUUAAGCGAAACCAAUCUUGUAUCCGGUGUUCGGCUCAGUUUCGUUUAGCAACAAAUAUUGACGUUCCCAUCGAUCCUACGCCCCACAUAAAGAGAGAGAGAGAGAAGAUGUCGAAACAAUGAGUCAACGUUGUGCUCAAGAAAUCGCGAGGAGAUUUCAGAAUCCUUUUAAUGUAAGAUUUUAUGGCCCGGCCUGUCGUAAGGGGAGCAUAGCCCCCUGUGUAAGGAACCCUUUACGGGUAACUUUGAGUUUCGUGAUGUUUUCCAAGCAAAAUGCGCCCACAGCCAGUAAAAAAAGGAAGCAAGGAGCGUACGCUAGUCAAUGAGAGUGGUCUCAAUCAACGGUUGGUCACCUGGUAGACGACACAUGUGAGUAUCCCAGCGAUUUAAUACGGGAGCUUCUGUUCUUGCUAGUGUAGCUAAAUAAUAGAAUGUAAAACAUAGAAAUAAUGAGUCAAAGGAAAAACAUAAGUGAAACGAUAGCCAGCCGAUGCAAGAAGCAAUACUAAUCCAAGAGGGAUAAUGAAAAAAACAAUGGGAAGCAUCUCGAAAUACUGCUUAACAAUCCACGCCAUUACAUAAUGAAAAAUUAGUACGAUCAAUCGUGGAAAAGGCGCUCUAAUUAAGACGAUUAAAGUGUUUAUAAUCCCA